AUGGAGGUCUCAGAACCUAAUGUUCAAGGGAGAGUAUCUCCUUUAAAACGCACACGUUCACCAGUAGGUAGAAUUAAGGACAGCAUUAAUCAUUACUUUUUUCCUAAUUCUGGAAAAGAUUCAACCCAACUUGUCGAAAUAACGGUCACAGAACAAGAAAGUAAGAUAGAUCAACUGCGUACUUAUUUAGAGGAGUUGGGACAUCCUUUGGAUACAAUACAAUUAGAAAAAUUAUUGGAAGGAAAUUCAUGGAAUGUGAUGGAAGUAGCGGAUUUUUGUGAAGAUUUAAUAGAAGCAGAAGAUGGACUAGUAUCAGAUAUUCGAAAAGACGUAAUUAUGCUUGGAUCAGAAAAUGAUCGAUUUACUAGCUGUUAUAUAGAUAGUUUGAUGUUUGCAAUGUUCGCAAAAACACGAUCUUUUGACGGCUUACUUUUUAUUCAACCAGAAGGAAUAAAUGUAAGAACUUUGCAGACGAAUUUACGAUUAUUUGUGAAUCGGCUUAGGAAAGGGAAACAUAUAAAUGCUUAUAUGGUUAAGCAAUUGCGCGAAUGUUUGUUUGACUGUGGCUGGAUUGGUAAAGAUGAAAAUGAAAAUCCAACGCAAGAGGAUGCCAGUGAAUUGUUUUUAUUUCUAUCAUGCCUUUAUGAACUUCCCUAUCUUCCACUUGGGAUUCAUUUAUUUCAUGGAGGAAGUAAAGAUCCAAAUGAUGAGCGAGUUAUAACCGAACGUUUGAUUCAAGUAGCUAUACCGGGAGAUCCACAUGAUGAAACGCCAGUUUCUUUGGAAGAAGUUUUAAUAACACAUUUUCAUGAUAAUGUCGUAUCUGGAAUAAAACGGUUUUCAUCAGAUGAUGUUAAACAAACUGAGAUUCCAGUUUCAGCAUGGCAAAUGCUAAAACUUUUGCCGUUUUACUCAGCAAGUAAUGAACAAGGUGAAAAAAUAAAUGCGAUUGAGUCGCAUUUUCCAACCAACCAUCUGAUUCUACCAUUGGUAUUGAAACGAUAUGGUUACAAUGAACAAACACGGCCAUUUAGAAUAAAGAAGAAAAUAUAUAUUCCGGCAUCAGUCAAUUUUAAUUCUUUUGUAAGUUCGGAUGCAGCCGACGAGCAAUGUCAUUGUGGCGUUGACAUUCAAUAUCGUUUAAAACUACGAUCAGUUGUUUGCCAUUAUGGCGACUCACCUACACACGGACAUUAUAAAGGCUAUACAUUAGACGAUGAACAAGAUCGAUGGUAUAGGCUUGAUGAUUUAGAUG